AUGGCUCCACGGCGUUUGUCCAAAUAUAUUAUCAUUGGCGCGAUCUUUUUAUUUGGCAUCAUAAUCUUUUCUGAUUCGUCUCGACCCGUGGUUGACAGUGUCAAAGACCCCAUUGGGUACGCAGAGAGUAUUCGAGAAACAAUUCCGAACUUCCGAUUUUCGUUCCAGAGAUCAGCACAUAAGCCUCCCGAGCAGAAGAACAGUACACAUGGCGACAGUUCGUGGUACAGUGAUUGGAAAUGGCUCAAUCCUUUCUCCUCCUCGAUUACCCUCGACGAAGACCGCAUGGUAUUACCUCUUCAGCUCGAACGAGCUCCAGUCUAUGUGUUCUAUGACACAACCUUGAAAAGAGAUGAGGAAACAAAGAAGAUCGAUCAAGAAUUAUUAUUACUAUGGCGUCGGGCUUGGUGGGCACAUGGAUUCCGACCUGUCAUCCUGACCGAGGCCGAGUCAAUGAGCCACCCUCUGUAUCAGACUCUUCAUGCCAAAGGAAUGCCUGCACCUCUUGAGCAAGAGUUCAGACAAUGGCUUGCGUGGGCUCACAUGGGUACUGGUUUACUUGCUCGUGCAUAUUGUCUGCCUAUGGGCCCUUAUGACGAUCCGCUCUUGUCUCACUUCCGUCGUGGACAAUAUGCACAGCUCACCAAACUCGAAGGCCUAGGGUCUGGUUUAUUUGCAGGAGAACAAACACAAAUCAAUGAUGCGAUCAAGUCUGCGCUGGAUAACGUGAAGUUGAGCACAUUCAAAAGUGUGAUAGAAGCGAUCAACUCGGAUCAUUUCAGGGUUGAACAGCCAAUUUCAAUCGCACAUUAUGACAUGGAAACGAUUACUUCAAAAUACAAAGCCCUAGCAGAACAACUGGUUAAAGAUCCAAACAAAGGCCGUCGUUCUCUCAAUCAACUCAUGCUCGCACACCUGCAUACCGUCUGGCAAAACACUUUCAGUAGUGGGAUUGCCGUGCUGCAGCCACUACCAGCUCACACAUUCACGCUCGUGAAACCUGCACAAGACCUUGCUCGUCUUCUGACUGAGUGUCCAAAUUCAAUAUUGCAAUCAUCAUGCCCGCCAAAUCGCUCAAAAUGUAGCCCAUGUGUAGGCUCCAAAAUGAGGAUCACUACUGCUCCUGCCUUCAGAAAUACCUCCAACUUGUUCACAAUCGCAACCGUGCCUCAUCCGUACACGAUGGUGACCUUGGCAAAUCAGUCUGAGGCGAUAUCUGUUGCACAUAUCAGACGACACACGGAUCGGGAUCCGUGGAUUACUGCUGUAACCCGAGAUCUUCUCGGGAAUGCUCGAGGUGGUCCAAGUCGAGUGGUGAGCUUGAAGGAUGCCGUUGCUUCCGAUUAUGGCCGCAGUCGGUCUUUGUGGUUCACCACUGAACAUUUCCCGGCCUCGUUCUGGCCACCUCCACCACCCCCUAAAUCACCCACCAACGAUGCUCACCCCAUCCUGGAGAAGAUAGCACCUUUUCCAGAGGACUGGCUUGAGCAUGUGGAUUGGUUUCUUGGCUUCCCAGUCCCACGCACUUCAAUCUCUCAUGGCGAGUCUCUUCCUCCUGUACCAGGUCCUGAAAGAUGGAAGCCGCUUCCUGGCAUGCCAAUGGAAAAGAAGAAAGGCACGGAUCCGAAUCCACCCUCAGAGGAACAAAAGGCCAUUGAGGUAAAUCUUUUGCGUAAAGCAAGAGAUACGAUCAAUAGUAAGGAUCAGCAGCUUGGCAAGAUUCGUGGGGUGGCCGAAGCAUGGAAUCUAGCCGAUACAGAAGCCUGGAAAUUCGUGAAGAGUUACCGUGCCCGCGAAGUGGUAGAAAGGCUCAAGUUCGAAGAAGACGAAUCCGCUUAUGCAGCAGGCGGUGGGGGUCGAGGCAAUAGUCGCUGGUGGCGCUCGUGA